GUGCAGGUGUACAGGUAACAGACACUCUCAGCCUUUCUCUUCAGUCCUAGGAGGAAGGAAUUGUAAUCUGAUGCCUGUGCCCAGAGCACUACUGGACACAUCCUCUAACAUCUUGCUGUGGUUGUCUGAUUCUAAAAAUGAUGUUCACACCCAGACAGGUAACAUAAAACGUAUGCUGCCUCCGCCUCACUGAACGUCAUAGCUGUGGAGUCCUAAAUAGCUCUUCGCAUCAAAGUUAAAAAAAUGGAUCACUUUGUUUAAACAGUCUUCACUCACUUGUAGGAGUGGUUUAUAUUCACUUCCUGGCUCUAGCUCUCUUCAUAAGACAGUCACGUGGACUAUCCCUACUCUUCAGCCCCCUUAUUUACAGGCAUUCCAGCCUAAUCUCUGCCACAGCUGUCGGGAUCCUAAUCCUUCCUGCAAACGCUGCCAGUGUGUACAGUACUAAACUGAAUGCAUGCUUUGGGGCUAGCCUUUCCAGCACCCUCAGAGGUCUCUCCAGAAAAAGUUGUGGAUGGUACUUUUUAAACUUCUAGAAACUUAGCCAACCCAUUUAGAAUAUGUCUGGACCUAACAUUUAAUAAACAUUGAUCUUCAGGCAGACGUGUAAUAAAGACUGUGCUGCAGGGGAAAAUAAUUUGUCUUCUAACUUAUUGAGACAUACUGCAAAGAAAAAUGUGGUGGCUGUGAAAAGUGUCCUGGGAUCCUUGGAAGAAAGGAGUACUAUAUAAAUUCACGGUAGUAUGGUGAUUAUUUAUAAUAUGAGCCGAAACUGAGAUGUCAAACAUCAAAAUGUCUUUUCCCAAAGUUGGAAUAACAGCUCGUUUUUCAAGAAAUGAUCAAGAAAACAUCAAUAUACAGCCAUCCAUUAGUUCAUCGCUUAAUGGAUCCAGGAGCUCAAAAAGAGAAGACAGAUGAUGACAACAAGAAAGUGGUUGCAGAGAUCAUGGCAAGAUGUUUUGUUCCAAGGUUAAUAACAACCACCUCCUGGGAGGGAUUUCACUUUGUUGGUCAGGAGAUUCGGAUUACUGAAGGCAUGGAUUGUUAUGGUGCUGUUGUUUGGCCAUCGGCCCUUGUUCUAUGCUAUUUUCUGGAAACAAAUGUAAAGCACUAUAAUAUGGUUGAUAAAAAUGUGAUUGAAAUUGGAGCUGGAACAGGACUAGUCUCCAUCGUGGCAAGUUUACUUGGUGCUCAUGUGAUUGCCACAGAUUUACCUGAAUUACUUGGAAACCUGCAAUAUAAUAUUUCUCGAAACACCAAAAUGAAAUGUAAGCAUUUGCCUCAGGUUAAAGAACUCUCCUGGGGCGUAGCUUUAGAUGAGAACUUCCCCAGGUCUUCUAACAAUUUUGACUACAUCCUGGCAGCUGAUGUUGUCUACGCUCACCCUUUCCUGGAAGAACUCCUCAUUACCUUUGACCAUCUGUGCAAAGAAACUACUGUCAUUCUCUGGGUCAUGAAAUUCAGGUUGGAGAAAGAAAAUAAUUUUGUAGAUAGAUUUAAAGAGUUGUUUGACCUGGAGGAGAUUUCCAGUUUCCCUAGCCUGAAUAUUAAGUUGUAUAAAGCUAUGAAAAAAAGUCGGAGGAGUGCAUGAUACCUUCAGAGGAGCACUUCGAAAGCAAAGGUAGUUUCUAGCAGUGUGUUCCUUUAAAGAAGACCAUGGACUAUCUGAUGUAACACUGACUUUCCCAAGGGGACCCCCUCCCUACCCCCCACCCCCAUAAACUUGCCUCACACCCCACAGGGAGUUUCCCAGAUAGAGUACCUGGGUCGGGAGGGCUGGCCCAGCCAUACUCUGUGGUUAUUGGUUAGGACAAGUUCUA